UUACCAGAAAAGAAACCUUUAAAUUAAAUAACGAUAUCUGCAACAAAAACAAAAAAAAAAAUCAAUCAAUCGCGAUGGCAACUGUAGGAGUGGAGAGGAAGCAACAGCAGCAAACAGAAUCAACGAUGACGAUGAUAGCGGAGGAGGGCUGCUCGGCGAAAACGGGAGCGGCGAGGCAAGGAGAGGGUUUGAAGCAGUACUAUCUCCAACACAUCCAUGAGCUUCAGCUCCUUGUCCGCCAAAAAUCCCACAAUCUUAAUCGCCUCGAAGCGCAACGCAAUGGCCUUAAUUCCAGAGUGAGGAUGCUUAGAGAAGAGUCGCAGCUACUUCAAGAGCCUGGGUCAUAUGUUGGUGAAGUUGUCAAAGUAAUGGGGAAGAACAAGGUGUUAGUUAAGGUUCAUCCAGAGGGGAAGUAUGUUGUUGAUAUUGAUAAAAGUAUUGAUAUCACAAAGAUCACUCCAUCAACAAGGGUUGCCCUUCGCAAUGACAGCUAUGUUCUUCACUUGAUCUUGCCAAGCAAAGUGGAUCCUUUGGUCAACCUCAUGAAGGUUGAAAAAGUUCCAGAUUCCACCUAUGACAUGAUCGGUGGUCUUGAUCAACAAAUUAAAGAGAUUAAGGAGGUCAUUGAACUUCCAAUCAAACACCCUGAAUUGUUUGAGAGUCUUGGAAUUGCUCAACCAAAGGGUGUUCUCCUUUAUGGACCUCCUGGCACAGGAAAAACUCUACUGGCCAGGGCAGUGGCUCAUCACACUGACUGUACUUUCAUCAGGGUUUCUGGUUCUGAAUUAGUUCAGAAAUACAUUGGAGAAGGCUCUAGAAUGGUCAGAGAGCUUUUUGUUAUGGCAAGAGAGCAUGCUCCAUCAAUCAUUUUCAUGGAUGAAAUUGAUAGUAUUGGAUCCGCUCGAAUGGAAUCUGGCAGUGGCAAUGGUGACAGUGAGGUGCAGCGUACUAUGCUGGAGCUCCUCAAUCAGCUAGAUGGAUUUGAAGCAUCAAACAAGAUCAAGGUUUUGAUGGCUACAAAUCGGAUUGAUAUUCUGGAUCAAGCUCUCCUUAGGCCAGGAAGAAUUGACAGGAAGAUUGAAUUUCCAAAUCCCAACGUGGAUUCACGUUUUGAUAUCGUGAAAAUCCAUUCAAGAAGGAUGAAUUUAAUGCGUGGGAUUGAUAUGAAGAAGAUAGCUGAGAAGAUGAAUGGGGCAUCUGGUGCAGAGCUCAAGGCGGUGUGCACUGAGGCUGGAAUGUUCGCUCUAAGAGAGAGAAGGGUCCAUGUUACACAAGAAGAUUUUGAGAUGGCUGUAGCAAAGGUCAUGAAGAAGGAGACGGAGAAGAACAUGUCAUUGCGGAAGCUCUGGAAAUAAAUCUGUUUCUGUAACUUGCUGUGUUUUCUGUUUUUUUUUUCUCCCCUAUGAAAAUGUCUCAAGAAUCGAAUAGGGGAGCAAUUUAGAGCAUUGAAUAUUUACGCCACUGGAUUUCCUGCCUGGACCUUGUCAGCACCAUGCACAUGAUUUCUUUCACGAGAUCAAGGGAUGGGCAUGGAAUUGUUGUGUUUUGAAAGAGUUGUUCGUGUAUUGUCUUUGUAAUCCUGAAUGCCUGAUGGGAAUUAUUUAUUUCUUCUUGAUUA